GUUUUUCUUCUCUAUAUUUGAGACAAGAGAUGUCAUUUUCCCUUUCUCUUAAUUUGCUGAACAUUGAAAGGAGAGAGAACGGGUUGCUCAGCUCGACUGCAGAUUUCCAUUUUUAUCCUCGCCCCAUAUUCCAUGAGAGAGAGAGAGAAUCUCAAUCUCGUGCUGAAGGCCAUGCGUCGUUGUUGAUGGUUUGGACUCGUCAUGGAUGAAUCUGAAUCCGACAUUAUUUAUUUUUAGGUUGGAUGAAGUGAGAUUAGCGUGCUGCAGCUUGGACGAUUUGGGUUUCUGUUUUCUUUCGAUAUUCGUCCAUAUAUCGAUUUGGCCAGGUGCUUUGCUCUUGUUGCGGUUUAUUCUGAAGGAGGCGAUGAUAAAAGGCGGGGAUAGUGGCGGAGGAGGAGGGGAAGAUGGCCAAGAAUCAGUUCUGGGUGGACCUCCGCAGCCUCUCGAGUGGAAAUUUUCGCAGGUGUUUGGUGAACGUACGGCUGGAGAGGAGGUCCAGGAAGUUGAUAUCAUUUCUGCCAUUGAGUUUGAUAAAACGGGUGACCAUCUUGCUACUGGUGACCGUGGGGGUAGAGUGGUAUUAUUUGAAAGGACAGACACAACGGAGCUUGUUGGAAAUCGAAGAGAGUUGGAGAUGAUGGACUAUCAUGUUAGUCGGCAUCCAGAGUUCCGAUACAAGACGGAAUUUCAAAGCCAUGAACCAGAGUUCGAUUAUCUAAAGAGUUUGGAAAUUGAGGAGAAAAUUAACAAGAUUCGUUGGUGCCAAGCAGCUAAUGGUGCCCUUUUUGUGCUGUCUACUAAUGAUAAAACUAUAAAGUUUUGGAAGGUCCAAGAAAAGAAAGUGAAGAAAAUAUCAGUUAUGAAUACUGACUCUUCUAGAGCGGUUGGAAAUGGUGAUAUUGGGAGUUCAAGUGUUUCAUCGAAUCUGGUCCAGUAUAACGAAAAUGGGAGCUUUCGGGAAAAAUCAUACAAUAGUUUGAACAACAGUAUCUCAUUUCCUAUUGAGAGCAGAGCUUCAUUGCGCUUACCUGUGGUUUCCAGUGCAGAGACUAGCAUUGUAGCAAGGUGUAGAAGAGUUUAUGCCCAUGCCCAUGACUAUCAUAUAAAUUCCAUAUCAAAUAACAGUGAUGGUGAAACUUUUAUAUCAGCCGAUGAUCUGCGGAUAAACCUUUGGAAUUUGGAAAUUAGCAAUCAGAGUUUCAAUAUUGUUGAUAUGAAGCCCUCAAAUAUGGAAGACCUAACAGAGGUCAUAACUUCAGCAGAGUUUCACCCGACCCAUUGUAACAUGUUAGCUUAUAGUAGUUCAAAAGGAUCAAUACGUCUCAUAGAUUUACGGCAGUCGGCACUGUGUGAUUCACAUGCUAAAUUGUUUGAGGAACACGAAGCACCUGGUUCACGAUCCUUCUUUACCGAGAUCAUUGCUUCAAUCUCUGAUAUUAAAUUUGCAAGGGAUGGAAGAUAUAUCCUUAGUCGUGACUAUAUGAGCCUUAAGCUGUGGGAUGUAAAUAUGAAUUCCGGUCCAGUUGCUACAUUCCAGGUUCAUGAACAUCUAAGACCAAAGCUUUGUGAUUUGUACGAGAAUGAUUCCAUAUUUGAUAAAUUUGAGUGCUGCUUGAGUGGUGAUGGCCUGCGAGUAGCUACUGGAUCCUAUAGCAACCUUUUCCGUGUUUUUGGAUGUGCUGAGGGAAGUGUUGAAGCGACAACAUUGGAAGCAAGUAAAAAUCCCAUGAGGAGGCAAGGGCAGACCCCUUCAAGACCUGCUAGAUCCACGAGCAGUGGCAUUACUCGUGUUGUCAGGCGAGCAGGACCAGAAAGUCCCGGUGGAGAUGGAAACGGGAACUCAUUGGAUUUCACAACAAAACUGCUCCAUCUAGCUUGGCAUCCUUCCGAAAAUUCAAUUGCUUGUGCUGCUGCAAACAGCUUGUAUAUGUAUUAUGCUUGAGGUGAAGAAUGCAUUUCUUGCUUUCAUCAUUUAUUUUCCUGGUUUCUUUUUUGGAAGGUCAAGCCACGGAUGCUCCACUCGGCCCUUUGUAUUGUUUCUCACAUUCAAAAGUGCCUCAUUGAUGCCAAGCUUUUGAAUUCUAGUUUUUAAAGUCAAUAUCCAGAAGUGCCUAUAGAAAUCAACUACAAGAAAACCUGAUGGACGUGUCAAAGUUGUGAAGAAGCUGCAGCUAAAAACUUGCAGGGAAGUAAGCUUGUGUAUUUUAUUUUAUUUUUUCUCUGGGGCCUGGGGUAGAGUUAUGAUCAUCAUUAUUUUUUGUAGAUUAAUGUUAGUGUGUUUUUACAUUAGAUUUUCGGCCAAAUUAAUUGUUUCCCACAAAUUUACUGUAAAAGAAAAGUUUAACUGCUUUGGCCUUCAGUGACUCAUUCUUUUUGCAUGCUCUA